AUGCCGAGGGGCUGGGGCCCGGCGGCAAGCGCGGAGGUGCUCCGCAUCCCCGAAGUGCCUGUGCAAAGGCCGAGCACAAGAGGUGGGCAAGGCGGGCGCCGCAGGAAGGCCCGGGUGGGGACUUCGGACACCCCUGGGGGCCGCCCCUUCACCAGGCCAACAGGUGAGCCUCGGGCAGGCCGCGGGGCAGACCCGCUGUCGCCACCGGCCACCCGCCCCGGCGCCGCCACCACCGCGCAGGUAAAUCCCCGCCAGUGCCUCUCCCGCGCCUUGGGCCCCUCCCCGGAGCCCGGGUCCUCGGCGCGCGUCUUUCCCGCAUCCGCCCUGUGGUGCGCGCCUUUGUCCUCUUUGCCGCUGGCGCCCGAGGCGGAGUCCGAGACCCGCCUGCAGCCAGGCCCGGCCCGGAAGCCCGUGCACGCAAAGCCCGGGAGCACGGCCGGCGAGCGGGGCGCCAGCCGGGGACGCCCGGGCGCGGGGACUCGGGGCGCCGUCCCGCCUGUGCCCACUGCCCUUCGAAGCCCGCCCUUCGGCGGCCCUGUGACCCGAGUCGGGAACGCUCGGUCCCCAGGCUACGGCCCUCCCGGAAGCCGCCGCGUAACGGAGCGCCCGGGCCGGCCGCGCUCCAGCCCCCUUUCUGCCAGCUCCCGGGAGCCCAGAGAGCCCGCUCUCACGUUUGCGGAAGUGGAGCCCCGCGCGGAGGUCGCGAGGCUUGUGCUCCGCGCGGGUGGCGCGGUCUUUCCGUCCCCUCCCUCGCCCCCUGGGCGCGCCUUCAGCACCGACCCCUGUAUCUGGAUUGAUGAGAUUCGUCAGAUUUUACCCCGGUGUAACCACUGCCCCAACGAAGCCGUAAAUCGUUUCCUCUAUGUGAGCCUGAAGUACAUCCUAGUCACCGGUGGGGUCAUCUCAGGCAUUGGUAAAGGGAUCAUCGCGAGCAGUAUUGGAAAGAUUCUAAAAUCAUGUGGACUCCGAGUUACAGCCAUCAAAAUCGACCCCUAUGUUAAUAUCAGCAUGGGCACUUUUUCACCUUAUGAGCACAGCGAAGUAUUUGUCUUAAAUAAUGGCGGAGAAGUUGAUUUAGACCCUGGAAACUACGGAAGGGUCUUGGACAUUAAUAUUUAUAAGGACAGCAAUAUUGCCACUGGGAAGAUAUAUCAUCAUGUGAUCAAUAAAGAGAGGCGUGGUGAUUACCUGGGGAAAACAGUACAAGUCGUCCCUCACAUUACCGAUGCUGUCCAGGAGUGGGUGAUGAAUCAAGCCAUUGUACCUGUGGAUGGCAAUAAGGAAGAGCCCCAGAUAUGCGUUAUUGAGCUGGGUGGCACCAUUGGAGACAUUGAAGGAAUGCCAUUUGUGGAAGCAUUCCGAAAAUUCCAGUUUAAGGCAAAAAGACAGAAUUUCUGUAAUAUCCAUGUUAGCCUUGUCCCACAGCCCAGUGCCACCGGAGAACAAAAGACCAAACCUACACAAAACAGUGUCCGUGCGCUGAGAGGGCUAGGCCUGUCUCCAGAUCUGAUUGUCUGCAGAAGUUCAACACCCAUAGAGAUGGCUGUGAAGGAGAAGAUUUCCAUGUUUUGUCAUGUGAACCCUGAACAGGUCAUAUGUAUCCACGAUGUUUCUUCCACAUACUGGGUGCCUGUGCUUUUGGAAGAACAAGGCAUGAUUAAAUACUUUAAAGAGCUAUUGGACCUGCCUAUUAGUGAUGCUGCAAAUCAUUUGCUUUUCAAGUGGAGAAAUAUGGCUGACAGGUAUGAAAAGUUACAGAAAACAUGCUCCAUAGCCCUGGUUGGCAAAUACACCAAGCUCAGGGACUGCUACGUCUCCGUGUUCAAAGCCCUGGAGUACUCGGCCUUGGCCGUCAAUCACAAGUUAAAUCUGAUGUACAUAGACUCCAUUGAUCUGGAGCAUACCACCAAAACUGAGGACGCUGUGAAAUUCCAUGAAGCUUGGCAAAAGAUAUGCAAAGGUGAUGGUAUUCUUGUGCCAGGAGGCUUUGGAAUUAGAGGAACCUUGGGGAAACCCCAGGAGAUUUCUUGGGCAAGGGCAAAGAAGAUUCCUUUUCUAGGCAUUUGCCUUGGGAUGCAGCUGGCAGUGAUAGAAUUUGCAAGAAACUGCCUCAACUGGAAAGAUGCCGAUUCCACAGAAUUUGAACCAAAUGCCUCCAUUCCUGUGGUGAUCGAUAUGCCGGAACACAACCCUGGAAAUAUGGGAGGAACCAUGAGGCUGGGAAUAAGAAGAACAGUUUUCAAAACGGAAUACUCAAUAUUAAGGAAACUUUAUGGUGAUGUUUCUUAUAUAGAAGAAAGACACAGACAUCGGUAUGAGGUGAACCCUAAUCUGAUCAACCUUGAGCAGAAUGACUUAAGUUUUGUAGGUCAGUAUGACAAUGGGGAGAGAAUGGAAAUCAUUGAACUCGCAAAUCAUCCCUAUUUUGUUGGUGUCCAGUUCCAUCCUGAGUUUGCUUCUAGGCCGAUGAAGCCUUCCCCGCCGUCUGGGCUGUUACUUGCAGCAACUGGGAACCUCAAUGCCUACUUGCAACAGGGCUGCAAACUCUCCUCAAGGUAA